AUGGCUGCAGAGAUUGGACCGAGCCCACUUGAUACUAAUGGGCUGUGCCUCUUAUCCCUAGACGGUGGAGGCGUAAGAGGACUAUCAAGUCUCUUGAUAUUGAAGGAUGUGAUGACACAGCUAAACUCAGAGCGCGAGGACAGUGUCCUCAGGCCUUGUGAUGUGUUCGACUUGAUUGGAGGUACAAGUACAGGAGGAUUGAUCGCUAUAAUGCUAGGGCGACUGGAAAUGGAUGUAGACGAGUGCAUCCUUGCGUACACCGAGUUAAUGGAAUCAGUAUUCAGCGAGAAAAUCAAUAAUGUCCCAAUUGAUUGGUCUGGAAAGAUUGUAUCGAAAUACGACAGCAAGAAACUUAAAAAGGCCAUUGAAAAUGUCAUCACUCGGGCUGGAUUGUCGCCAACCGACCUUAUGAACGACGGAAAGCCGCGUCGCUCUAAAACCUUUGUCUGCGCAACCUCCAAAGAGACAUUUCAAGUCACACGCCUUCGGAGCUAUCCUGUACCCAAUGAGAUUACGUUACAGGCGACAAUUUGCGAAGCAGCAUUGGCAACAUCCGCAGCGACCAGAUUUUUUGAUUCGGUUUCAAUCGGCAACCAACAGUUUGUGGAUGGUGCAUUCGGUGCCAAUAAUCCCAUUGAGGAGGUAGAAGAAGAAGCGGCCGAUAUCUGGUGCACCACGAGCCGGGCUCUGAGGCCAUUAGUGAAAUGUUUGAUUUCUAUUGGAACUGGGAAUCCCGCACAAUUCCCCAUGAAUGACAAUGUGCUCAAGUUCCUUUCAAAGACAUUGGUCAGAAUGGCGACUAAACCGGAGAGUACCGAACGUCGCUUCAUGGCUCGAUGGAGCAAUGAGGUAAAGGGAAAACGGUACUUUCGUUUCAACGUCGAGCAGGGACUACAGCAAGUUCACAUGACCGAAUUUGAAAAGCAAAGUGUCAUUGAGUCCGCAACAUAUGCGUAUCUGCAUCGUUCCUCCCAGAAAGUCCGAGUUCGUGAUUGCAUGCUGAAUCUCGCAGAAAAGGAAGGAAAGACUAGCAUUGACUUUGAAAUAACCAUACGUGAACAUGAAGCUAGAGUUACUCGCCAUCAAAUCCUACAAACCAUUCAUUCGUCGAAUAACCAUUUCCACUACAGCAAGGUCGCUUGCUGGGAUGUACCGUUUGAGAGGAAUCCUCGAUAUGUUGACCGCGAAGUGGUGGGAAAUGUAAAACGAAAGUUGUUUAUCAAGAACCGAGCCGAAAGAAUUGCGAUUUUCGGCCUUGGAGGAAUAGGCAAGACACAAAUUGCCCUGGAGCUUGCUUAUCAAAUAAGGGAACUCUAUCCAGAUUGUGCCAUCUUCUGGCUCCCGGCUGUUGAUAUGGAAAGUCUCCAGCAGGCAUAUCAAACGGUGGCCGACCAGCUUGCAAUCGGUCUCGAUGACACGAAGGAGGAUGUAAAGAGCCUUGUCAAAGAUCACCUGAGCAAACCGAGUGCUGGGCAAUGGCUGUUGAUUUUUGACAAUGCCGAUGACAUUGAUAUGUGGACUGAUAGCAAGAAUUCAGCAAAUAGAGGGCUAGAAAAUUACCUCCCCAGGAGUGAUCAAGGUGCCAUCAUCUUCACCACUCGGAGCAAUACAGUGGCUCGGUAUCUUGCUGCAACAGACAUCAUUCAUAUUCCUGAAAUGGACGAACAAAAGGCUACUCAUGUCUUGCGAAACUCCUUGGUUGACAAGGAACUCCUUCGCGAUACUGGAAGUACCCGAGAGCUUCUUAGCCGGUUGACUUUUCUUCCUUUGGCUAUUGUACAAGCUGCCUCAUUUAUCAACGAAAACAGUAUGGCAAUUGCCAGCUAUGUUGAGCUUUUGGAUGGACAAGAGCAGAGCGCCAUCGAUCUGCUAAGCGAGGACUUUGAAGAUAAAGGUCGAUACAAAAGCAUUCGCAACCCUGUCGCGACCACCUGGCUUACAUCAUUCGACCAAAUUCGGCGACAGAAUCUCCUUGCUACCAACUAUCUAUGCUUCAUGGCUUGUAUCAAAGAAAAGGAUAUCCCGAUCUCGCUCCUUCCUCCGGCGUCGAGCGUUGAACAGAAAAAGGCGAUUGGUGUCCUCACCUCUUAUUCCUUCGUACGCGUGAGACCUGAGGACUCUCGUCUUGAUAUGCAUCGCUUAGUCCAUCUUGCAACAAGGAAUUGGCUGCAGUCAGUAGAUUCCCUGAGAAAGUGGCAAUUGGACGUAUUGCGUGGGUUGGAUACCCGAUUUCCCCAUCUUGAUCUCGGUUUUGAGAUGCUGAAUCGGAGUCAAUGGCGAGCAUCGGUGCCUCAUGCCCUCCGAGCCCUUGAAUUAACAGUAGCAGAAGAUCCAAUUCCUGGCAGGAUCAAUCUUUUGCACACGAUAGCCAUAUGUCAAAUGGUUGAUGGGAGAUACAAAGAAGCCGAGAUACUUUUCAAUGAGAAUGUGCGGGUUUCGGAGAAAUUCUAUGGCCAUGAAAGCUCAUAUACUAUUCUUGGUCUUGCUGGACUGGCAGAUAGUUAUUCGUUCCAAAGAAAGUCGGAGAAAGCAAUCGAAUUACUAGAGGAGCUGGCAGAAACGCAAAAAAGGCUUUAUGGCUCUGAUAGUAUUGAAGCCAUGAGUGUUCUUUUCCGGCUAUCACGUGUGUACAUCGGCGCUCAUAACUACGAGAAGGGUGGGGAGCUUUGCAGGAAAGUCAUUCCAUACUAUCUCAAAAGAUUUGGCCCAGGUUCCACCGAGACGAUGGAUGCUAUACAUCUCCUCACCUUGAAUUACCUCUCCCAUGGACAGCUCUUGGAUGCGUCAGAGUUAUCCAUUCAAUCAUUGAAGAUCCACAAAAAGGUUUUCGGAUCGGAAAAUCCCAGAACACUGACGGUCAUGGUUGGGAUGGCCCUCAUAUAUAUCCAAAGCUGGCGGCUCAAAAAAGCCGAAUCAUUGUUGACAGAAGCAUUUGAGAUCCAAAAAUCUAUGUUUGGAAGUGAGCAUCCUGGAACAAUCACAAUUAUGGGAUGGCUAGCUACUACAUGGAUGUAUCAAGGUCGACACAAAGAUGCCAUUGCCCUGAGAAAAGAGUGCAUCCGUUACAGUGUGCAGCUGUAUGGUUUAGAUCAUACAUAUACCCAGACUCACUACUCAUACUUAGACGCAUGGACUAAGCCUAAGACACUGACCUCCUCCAUGAACAAGUAUUUCCCGAAUUUUCAGCGUUCGGGUAUGAUGCUUGAACGAAGGCGGCAUUAUCCUAAAGUCAAGGUGUAUGGUAUCUAUUACGUUUCGCGGCAGCCAAAAAAUGAUCCCUUGCUUCGCGAAAUCCAAGAAGCCGUGAAGAGUAUGUCCGUAAACAGACAAGUUUAG